AUGCUAGCUCCGAUCGGAGAUCUGCCGCGACGCGAAGACUACGUGCGCUUAGACUCCAAGAAGUACAAGGAUUGGCAAGUGCUUGCCUACGAGAACUGUCGCGACCGACACAUGUUCAAACGGGAGUGCGAACUCUACGAACAAUGGUUGGCGACCCAACCUCCGUCGGUAGAGAGACGAGCGUACCCGACACCAGUCGGAGUCAUGAAGAGGUCGCCCGAAGACACGUUGGACGUAUCGACAGAUCGUCUGACAUGUGCCAAGCGUUGGAAGAAGGUUUUAGAGCAACGAGAGCGCGAUGGAGGUCGUCUAGACUCUGGGGUGACAGACGAAAACGUAUUCGAGGUCCGAAUCUCCGGAGACUCGUCGGAGGGCAAUUCAGCAAGCAAUGGUGUCGGUAGCGAUGCCGAUGAGGAGUCGGCUGGACGCCCACAGGAACUACAAGAAGUAAUGAAGGUGAUGAGCGCAUCAACGUGGGUCCGAUCGGUGCUUCGCAUGGAGUCUCCAGUCGAGGACAGGUUGGCGGAAGACGCGAUAACCGAGCUGGACAAGACCUACAUGUCGGUUGCCCGAGUGUUGACGACCGAAGGAAGCGAAGUUGCUGGCGAACCAAGGGUGGACCAUUACGAACACCCAGCUAGCAAAAUCGGCUUGGAGGACUAUGCGAAGGAGUUAGCGUUUCUCCCCGACUUCACGGAAGAUUCAAACACGACCAUUGACUAUGGAGCUCCGAAUGUCACGAACUCAUGCUUGACGACUGAUCAGCAAGAACGACUGGUCGCUACGCUGAAGAAGAAUGAGCGAAUCCUCAUUGCCAGCGGCAACGCGUUACCACCACCGGCACCCUCUUCAGCAGGAUUGGAUGAGAUCGCUGAAAGGCUGGUGUUUGCAAUUAACACUCCCCAGGACACAACAAGGAAGGAGACGCCGUUUUACCUCGUUCACGGCUGGGACGCACAAUCCACUCUCCGGGCGAUGUCUUCAUCACUCGGACGAGGCUCCAAUAGACAGUCCGAUGCGUUAGCAGCCGGCUGUUCAAGAAUGAGCGACGACGACAUCAGCCAUGCCAACCUUCUCAAGAGUGCUACUGCUAGCCCAGCGCCUUCAGGGUAUCUAGAGAUAACUGCAACUAGCCGUGGGCGAGCGGAGACUCUUCAAUCUCAUCAGGCCAAGCUGUGCCAAGAGCUGCUUCAGUCCCGGCUUCAGCAGAUUGAACUAAUGGAAAGGAAGCUUGAAAAGCUGGCCAAGUACUCGGCGAAGCUGCUAAAUGCGCACGAUGAGCUGACUACAAUGAUCUCGCUCGAAAAGGAGGAAACCACCCGCAUUACAGCCGUGGCGGGGGUUCCUAUUCGCAGCUCAAAAUACGUCAUGUCUUACUCUGUUGUGCUGGAGGAGUGUUGCAGUUCGAUGUUAGGCCACACGCAGCAUUGA